CCCCCCCCCCCCCCCUCGCCCCCGGCCGGCCCCGAAGCGCCCGAGGAGCCGCCGCAGGAGCUGGCUGUUCUGGAGGACUACGCAGAUCCCUUUGAUGCAACACAGGUGGCAGGUAGCCAGGCAGGGCUGGAGAAGGUGAUGGAGAAUGAUGGAUAUAUGGAGCCAUAUGAAGCCCAGAAGAUGAUGGCUGAGAUCCGCCAGAAGGGCUUGCGCGAGGCUCCCGCCCGGCCGCUGCACCUCUACGACACCCCUUACGAGCCUGUGCUGGACACGGACAGUGAGUGCUCCUCCUGCCCCAGGCCCAGGGAGUCCCGGCUGCCCGAGGAUGACGAGCGGCCACCGGAGGAAUAUGACCAGCCCUGGGAGUGGAAGAAGGAGCGCAUCUCCAAAGCCUUUGCAGUUGAAAUCAAGGUCAUUAAAGACCUGCCAUGGCCCCCGCCGGUGGGACAGCUGGACAGCAGUGAAAGCCCCCCGGAGGGGGAGGCUGGUGCCCCCAUCCCUCUGCAGCACAGCCAGCACAGCUACGAAGACGCCAAUGGUCCAUCAGAGGGGCUGGGGUACGGCCGCACCUCGCCCUGCAGGGAGGAGAAGGCCAGGGCUGCCCUCAGGCAGGGCUCCAGCAGCCUCAAGAGCACCAAGACGCUGAUCGCUGAGCCUGGCCCCUUUGUCGGGGAGAGGAUUGACCCUGCCCUGCCCCUGGAGAGUCAGUGCUGGUACCACGGGGCCAUCAGCCGGACGGACGCAGAGACGCUGCUGAGGCUGUGCAAGGAGGCCAGUUACCUGGUGCGCAACAGCGAGACCAGCAAGAACGACUUCUCCCUCUCCUUGAAGAGCAGCCAGGGCUUCAUGCACAUGAAACUGUCCCGGACCCAGGAGAACAAGUACGUGCUGGGUCAGCACAGCCCGCCCUUCGACAGCGUGCCAGAGAUCAUCCAUCACUACGCCAGCCGCAAGCUGCCCAUCAAGGGGGCCGAGCACAUGUCCUUGCUUUACCCGGUGGCUAUCCGUACCCUAUAGUCAUCACCCCCACGAGCCAGACUCAAGGCUGGGUGCACCAAAACUGGCCACAGGGCUGAGCGUUGCCAUGCCAAGGAUGGGCUCCAGACCAUCAGCCACGAGCAGCUCACCACGAGCAGCCAGUGCUGUUGGGGAUUGCUGCAGCUGGGCCCCUCGUCCUGCUCUCAGGGGCUCCCAUGCACUGGUUUGCAUGCUGGCACGGCACUGGAAGGACCCCCUGUGCAAGGAGCUGAGUGGGGCUUGCCGGCUGUCCACACCUCCACACCUGCCUCCUUGGCAGAGCUUGGGAUGCCAGGACUGGAGCUGGGACCUUGGAGAGUCCAGGGAAGGGGGGCAGUGUGCGCGAGUACGGGGAUAAAAUCAUCCGGUAGCAGGCCUGAGGUACCUCCAUGAGGGUGCCUAGCUCUGCCCAUGAGAGACUAAAUGGCUGUGCCUGCAGGUAAGGAGGCUGGCAGGGGUGAGCAGGACCUGCCUGGGGCCAGCAAGGCAUGCAGAGUGUGAGGCAGGCUGCCCAUACCUGCACUGGUGCUCAGUACUCACUGCCAUCCUUUGCCAAACGUAAACAGUGACCAGCCUUGGCUAUGUGUGCAGCACCACUGCCUAAUAAAGCGGUGCAUGGUUGUCUCCUGC